AUGAACAGGCAUGAUGAUACCAGUUCUAACCUCAACGACACUUCCAAGCGACACCCCCAAGACACCAUGGCGCACAGCGGAAAUCCCAUAAUACCAAGCAACAACAAGCCCAGCAACAAAUCCAUGUUAGCAGACAGACAAACGCUUCCGUUUGCAGCAGACGCAACGCAUGAUCCUGAACUCCCUCUUAGCGCCCGUGACUUCGCCGACAACGAGAAGUACGACUCACAAUCUGAUAGCGACACACGACUCGGUGAUGUUUCAGACGUCCAGAAUGCUCGUCUAGCAGCGGAAGCUUCAAAACAAAAGCUUUCAACAACACAAGCCGUCAUCAUCUUCGUCACCAACGAGGUAGGGAUCGGCAUGCUGUCCUUGCCCUCAGCACUCAACGUUCUCGGUUUCUUUCCCGGCGUCCUCUGUAUCAUCGUCCUUGGCCGGCUUUCUCUCUACACAGCCUACAACCUCAUCCAGUACUGGCGCAAGUACCCAUACAUGCUCAACAUUGUCGAUUAUGGACGCGUUCUGGGCGGCCCCUGGUGCGAAGCCAUCUUUGCUGUCGGCUUUCUCAUCAACAUGGCUCUGAUCUCUGCCUCGGCACUCGUAACCCUCACCAUCGGGCUCAACACGGUCUUCUCGCACGCCAAAUGCACAGUCGCUUUCACAGUUGUCGCCGCUGUUACAAUGUGGGCCCUGUGUGUCCCGCGCUCAAUGCGGUUUGUCUCAUGGGCAUCUUGGCCAUGCACAGCCAGCAUCAUCAUUACCGUGCUCCUAGUCAUGAUCACACUCGGUAUCCAGGGCCCUCGCGACACAUCUGCUCCUCUCAACCUAAAAGCCAUUGGCAGUCCAAACUUCACCCAAGCCGUCUCUGCAUUCCUCAACAUUGCAUUCGCCUUUGCUGGAAACCAGGCCUUCCCCACCGUCCUCGCAGAAAUGAAGAAUCCUUCCCAUGACUUCCCCCGUGCCGUCACAAUCGAGAAAUGUGUCACAACCACCAUCUACAUCAUCGUCGCCUCCACCGUGUACGCUCUGUCCGGCGAGCAAGUCGUCAGCCCAGCGGUUGGGUCGUUGCAGCCGACAAUGGCAAAGGUCGCCUAUGCGGUAUCCUUCAUUGGACUUCUCGGCACCGGGCUGAUCUUCGGCAUGACGAGCGCGCGAUACCUACACGUCGUCUUCCUUCGACACACCAGUAAACUCCUUCGCCGCAAAGAUUCUUCCGUGCGUCGUCCCAGUGUGGCCUCUGACCCCAGCCGCGGCCGCCGUUCUUCCAUGUCCAUCCCUCCCGUGUCCCAAAAACUCGACUGGGGCAUCUGGCUCUUCUCCGUAACACUAUUCUGGGUUGUGGUCUGGAUCCUCGCCAACGCAAUUCCCGUCUUCAACUCGCUGCUUAACAUUAGCUCCUCUUUGCUUCUUUCUUGGUUUACGUGGGGCGUCACAGUGCUGUUCUGGUUCCACCUUAACUGGCACGGCAAGUGGCGCAGUUCUGGACGCAAGCUGGCCGUCGCGGCGCUAAAUGUGUUUAUACUGCUUUUGGUAUUUUUCCUUACGAUUCCAGGCAUGUAUGCGAGUAUCAAGACGCUGCUGGGUGUGUUUGCGGAUCCGAACCAGACGGUCAACGGUCCGUUUACAUGUGCGGACAACAGCAUCAUAUAG